GAAGGCAUUUCGAAUAAAAUACACUUUGGAUGGACAAAAAUUACCAUCUGAAAAAUAGUUAAGUCUGGCUUGAAACGCUAUGAUUUUCUAUUACUACUGCUGUUGUAUUGCAUUUCAUCUUUGUAAUUUUGUUCAUGUAUGUUAUACGCAAAUAGAGCUACAUUAGAAAUAAUAAUAACACGUGCAUAACUAUUUAUGAAAUUAUAUUUUUUUAUAAUCUUUAUGAAAUCAAAAAACUUAUUAACGACUUAUGAAAUAGUAAUACUUACGAUUAAAAGACACGCAUUUCUUCCAGAUCAAUAAAAAUGAUAAUUAUAUAAUUAUUGUCUACCUAUUAAUAAACGUGAAUUUCCUCCCAAGUUAAUAAUAUUAAUAACAAAUGUAUAACUAUUAUCUGAACUAAACAUGCAUUUCUUCCAGAUGAACAAUAAUCAUAAAACAUGUAUAACUACCAUCUACCUAUUCAAAACCAAGUGAAUUUCAUCCAAAUCAACAUGGAUAAUAACACGUACGUAACUACCAUACUGUCUAACUACCAGAACACGUGCGUCUCUCCCCUAGGUCAAGGACUUUCAAGCCAACACAGGGUAUCUGAUGAACGGCAUCCUCUACGCGUUACGCUUCCCUGUGAUCGUCCUCGUCUGCGCCAGAGUCUACGAUGCUUCCUCGCGUACUCGUGUCGUGGUCAGCGAAGGCCACGCCCGGCUCUCCCUGAAGGGCGCCCCCGAGCCGUGCCUGGGCGCCAUACUCGCGGUGCUGGCGGCGCAGGACAACGUCGGGAUCACCGCCUGGGGCUUCUUCACCAUCAGGAGGGACACCUUGCUGACCUUCGUGUCGUUUGUCUUGUCCUAUAUCGUCAUCAUGUUACAGGUAAUGGGCGAUUUAUGCGCGUUAUCUCCUAUGUUCUUGUUAGAUGCACAGAGAUAA